CCGUGAUCAGACGCCUUUCUAACCGCAGGUUACGUGACAAAAAAACGAAAUAAACAAAAAAGUGAAAACGGACUGGGACUAUCUGUCAGUGCUGCAUUUUAUGUGGUUCCUCCGGAACUUUUUCAGUGCAUCGGAACACAGUGUGAAGGAUUGUUGUUUUGACAUUGCAAUUUGGAAUUUCAUCUUACCCGCAAUAUGAUGUUGUGUGAAGUUCAGCGUUGAUGUCAUUUAAUCCAUCAACCAUCCCCUGGACUUCAAUGAAAUUCGGCUAUUUUCGGCCUAUGGAACACGCAGGCAUGGAGACUAAUAUCACACUAUGGCAAUUUCUCCUGGAGUUGCUGCUGAGCAAUCAAUACACGCACAUCAUCACGUGGACCAACAACGACGGCGAAUUCAAGUUGCUGAAUGCGGAAGAAGUCGCACGGCUAUGGGGUCUCCGGAAAAACAAGCACAAUAUGAACUAUGACAAGCUCUCUCGGGCUCUACGGUACUACUAUGACAAAAACAUCAUACGAAAAGUUUUGGGACAGAAAUUCGUGUACCGGUUCGUCUCGUUCCCCGAGAUUGUGAAAACAGAAAACAAGAUUCCCUUCCACGUGAAGAUGGAAACCAUCAACAAAGCUCAACAGCCUUUCAGGCAGUCCCCUCCUCCACAGCAGGCACACAAAAGCCCGCUGUACGGAUUGCCAAAACCCGAACCUUUGUCUCCCAAGAGGCACCAGGAACUGUACGAGUGUCGUCCUAACGCUCUCUACUUGCUGUCUCGUCACCUGCCCUCGGACUUGAGAAGAGAACCCAAAAGGUCCUUCAGCGACGACGACGACGAACUCAGUCCUCCACAGGACCACGACGAGGGCUCUUGCGAAGGACCUCGUGACCUCAGCACCAAUGGCUCAUCCAAACGCAUCAAGUCUGAGCCGGACACGAGCGAUUCCUGUCACUCUCCGUCUGGAUCGUCUGGCAGUGGAAGUCCUGCCCCAUCCUUGGGGGGUGGCAGUACGGGCUCUGGCGCCACGGUGUCCAUCUCUCGACCCAAACCAAAGCCCCCGCCGAUCGGACCCAUCUCCACCUCAGCAGCGGCCGCCCUGGGAUCCUUGCAAACUCCGAUUGUGACCUUCGCAAGCCCCUUUUUGCCCCAGAGCAAGACCCCGUUGGUGACACUUCCGUUCUGGAGCCCCUUCGCUCUGCCCAGUCCACGUGGAUACUCAGGCAGUGGCAGUGGCGGAACACACUUUCAGUUCCCCAGCACCCACGUGGGGCUCACAUCUUUUCCUCCCCUCAGCCCUUUCUUGGGACACCCUUACUCGCCCUUCGAUCCUCAGCUGCUGCUGUCCCCUGCAAAGUCCAUUCCUGUGCUCCAAUGAACUGAUUCGCACUACUUCUUUGUAGAAUAGCUCAAAUCGCCGUCGAACUCCAAUGAAAUCUGGAGCAGCCUGCACUGUUUGGGAGGAGGAAAGUCGUCCAUUCUGCAGCAAUCCGUUUUCCAAAAUCUUUGCGACUGUCCUGGUCUUUGACUGAAAACCUUUCCUGACAAGAUUUUCGCUCAAUAAUCACUGAAGUGUCUUCUGGAGAGUGUUUGCCCCCAAGAUCUUUGUGCCUUUGAUAUGGUGUCUUAAAGACUAUGUGCCUGAUGAAGUAUUUUAUUCACUGCCCAUCUAUGAAACCACGUUAGCAGACAAUUAUGUAGCGGAGUGCAGGUUUGUGGCACCAAAAUCACCACUCAUUUAAUGAAACACGAUUCAGUGUAUCUACAUCUUUAUCUACGUAAUGCAGCUGCAAUAUAAAUAGUAACAUGAAAAGCUGAGCUUCUUGUAAAUGAACUAAAAAUCUUACCUAUGAUAACCAGGUUUCGUUUAGAUUAACGUGAAUCUUUAAGUAUGAAAGAACUCUUGCGCUGUGAUAAAUUGUUCAGAAAAUUAAUUUGAACAGUCUUUUUUUUUUUUUUAAACUUUUACGUAGAGACUAGUAAAAAAAACUCGAUUCCACAGAAUGUAAAAAAAUAUAAGAAUCUUCCGUGUUUUUUCUUAUACUAGUCGAUUACUCGAUAUGAAGAAUUUCCUAGAGCUUCGGAAAUAGGCCACCACAUCCAGCGUGCUGGAAGGCUUCUCAUUUCUAGUUUCUUACGUUCUGAGAGAAUAUUGCGACAUCGAACGACUGUAGAAACAUAUGUGUAAUAUAUUUUUUGAUGGACCAAUUGUUUAUCAGUUAGAAAAAGUGUCUGAUGUCUGAUCGCUACAUCUUCUGCUCAAAAUCAUCCGUCAGAUUGUCUGAGCCUGGCUGAUGUCUUCUACCUCAAACGAAAGGCUUCGAACCAUCUUGCUCAAUCGUUUAGAUCAUGACUCACUGUAACCAAGAAGUGCCUGGGGAAAGUGCAGCCUUUAUUUUUGAUGAUACGUGCAUUACAGAAUUUUAUUAUUUACACGAAGAGUUCAUUUUGUUCUAUGUAGCGCCGGAUUAACCAUUUUAAAGUAGCAAUCUAUUUGUCACCGCAGAUGAAUAUAAAAUUUUCAUUCACCCUGUUCAAUUGAUCGGUAGUUGAUACAGUCAUGGCAGAUUAAAAUUAAAUUUUCUCUGACCAUGUUCAAUUGAUAAGUGAUCAAUGAAGUCAUUGCAAAUUAAAAUCACAUUUUCAUUGACCGCGUUAAUUGAUCAGUAGUCAAUAAAAUCUCACAAUCAAAUUGCUCACUAUAGGGGAGGGGGACUAGUAGAUUUUUGCUACAUUAAAAAAAAAAAAACAACCUUUAUGUAUAAAAGAUACAUUCCUCUGAUUUUAAAUACCUUUUGAAUUUUCAGUAAAGUAUAUGUCAAAAAUUUGAUGAUCUCCGAUCAAAAUAGCAGCAGUUUACUUUUUAAAUUGAAGGUGUUAGGCAAGAUCACAUUUGAUUCGACAAUCCAGUCUGAUUAUAAACCGAAGCAAAAAGCAUACAUUUAUAGAAUUCAAAAUCUAAACUGUAAAUCAAUAAUCAGCAUUCCUACUGUAAACUAAAGUAGACAGUUUAUACUGAUUAAUUGCACCAAUGUCUCUCAAACAGUGUUUCCAGUGAAAGUUUAAAAGUACAAAUAGUUAAAUGCAAAUCUUUUGAUAACUACUCAUACUCUACCAAUGCUACCCACCACACUUAGUUAUUUUAUUUCACUCGAUGAUUAAAGUAAAGCAGUCAACGUGUAUCUUAACAGUUUUACAAUAUCCAAACUGUGUCCAGGUUGGUGCAUGUUGAGCAUGCCGCCUCAAAGUGAAAAUAGGUUUCGCUCAUGUAUUGAGCCACCGCACAGAUGAGCCACUUCAUUAGAUGCACAUUAAACUCUCGCGUAAGAUGUAAUAUUAACUAGAUACACGAUGAGAAAUUGGUUCAAUGAGCAACUGAAUAGACGGGCAAGCGUCCAAAAAGCGCAUGCGCUCAAACAACUUUGCCGAGGAUGCAAUCGGCGUUGCAUACACUGGAGAUCAGUGGUUGCAGUUGCAUUUUGGAUUGACCGCUUUUGCCUGUUUAAUCUAAGAUUCGCGCGGCCAGUGGCUGUUGCAAAGGAGUUUUGUAUCUAGUAAUACUAAAUCUAUAAGUGUGCUCUAUAGUAGGCUUAGUUUGCUUCGUUUUUGAAGCAAAUUUAGCUACGCAGAUGAAAAAAAACCAAACUAAUAGCAUUUAUCCAAGUAGCAUCCCUCAUUUCAUAAACAUUUUAAAAUGAUGGUCAAGACUGUGACAACCAUUUUAAAAUGUUACGUGUGUUACUGGAUAAAUGAAAUAAAAGUUACGGUUUUUUUCUUAAAUUAAUUCCUUGCAAGCCAAUAGUUCAUGGUUAAUCCGGCAAUAGAACUAGAACAUAUUGCAUUUAAAGUAUUUUGUAUAGUAGGAGUACUAUGUUUAUAAUUCUGAACUAGACAUAUUGUGGACUGUUGACUUCUUUUUCGAGAAAAGAGUUUUUAGGUUCAUCAUGAGAUGUUGUUACUCGAACCAAUUUUGAACGUCAUAUUUUGUAGAUUUUAACUGAGAUGAUGACUUCUUUGUAACCAACCAUUACUUUCAUUUUCUGCUGUUUGUGUAAGGUGUACUUUUAUUCUUUGUGCAAUAAUUCUUCACUUGUCUAAAGUUUUUUUUUUCUUUUAAACGUUUCAUAAGAAUCUGAUUUGAUAUCAAAAACCAACAGUAUAUUUUUUUUUCUUUUGAAAACGAACAUUUUGAGUAAGACAAAGUUUCUGCACUUAUUUUUUCUUUCUUUUUUUUUGUGAUAUUUCGUUAAAAUUUUCUUUAAAAAAUAUUUCAUUAGGAAAAAUUCCCUAUAAUAUCUAUUGUUACCUAAAAAGUGAAACACUAAAUUGAAUUAUCCGUGCUUUAAAUUUCUUUCAAUCAAACGCUAUAGCAAGUGGUGCAUAUAACAGUGUAACUAGUUUCUAAAAACAAUGUAUAAAAUUCGUCAUAAACAGCACACAGGACACUAACUAUAAAAGUAUAAAAUUUAAAAUCAGUUGUGAAAAAAAUAAAUAGAAAAAAUGUAGAUGCGAGAAGAUGUGGAAAUAAACUAAAGGCGUUAAAAAUUGUAAUUCUAAAAAUAAUGGCGUCCCUUGCACAGGUGCCCCCCCCCCCCCCACACACACACACACAUGUCAAAAAGAGUAAUGGUUUAUGCAAACAUGAAGUUUGUAGAAUUUUGUGGGGUAACGAAAGUUUAGAUUAAAAGACAAAUAUAAAGUAAGAAUGCAUUGUAUGUAAAAUUAGCCCUAGACGCAUAUGUAACCGCCUCCUCUCCACAAUAUUGUGCUCUAUUUCCCGGGAAAUUUAAUAGAUUAAACAUAAUUUAAGAUUUCAUGGGGGAAAUUUCAGAAUAAAGUAAUGUUUUUUUUAUAAAUUUUAAAAUCCGGGAUGGUCCUCCCCCCACCCCAACCCCUCUCCCCGUAGUGACGCUGCUAUCUAAAAAUAAACUAGCUGUAAAAUCAGUUUUAUUAACCUUAUAAAUGAAAUAUUUAAAAGUGUGCAGAAUUUACUGAAAAUCUUUAAGAUAUAAAAUAUUAAAUAUGAUCAAUAAUUGUAGCAAUUCAUUAAGUUGAUUGAAAAGCAAAAUUAAUUAGAAAAAGUAACGAGAAUAAAAACUUAAAAUCUUUUUACAUUUUCUGUUUCACUUAUUAGCAGCAAUUUAAUCAAUCAAUAUAUGAUUUUAUUUUAUGAAUUCGUAGAUAUCCAUUAUUUUCUGAACUGUUGGUAUUUUUGAUUCAUUUCGUUCAUUAUUGGGUUGUUUUUGUACAGAUACUGAUAAUUUCUUUUGUACAGAUCUCUAUCGCUCUCUUAGAGAUGGACCAAAUCGCGGCCUUGUAUCAUAGCGCUCUUCUAGUUCAGUUCUGUCUGUAAUAAGAUACAUUAUUUACUGUUAAAUAAAAGGUAUUAUUCAAA